UCGGUUGUCAACAUAACCUAGUAAGUGUUUCGUUUAUACGUCUGUACAAAGCGUUUGACGUGAAAAUAAUAAACGAUGCCUAAGAAAAAAAAAGUAGUUAAAGUUUAUAAUACAAAGAAAAAGCAAGAUUCCGAGUCAAAAAUAAUCGAGAAGCUACAAUCAAAGUACCACGCUAUCGAUGAAACGAAAGCGGACAAAUUUACAGAUCUACCGCUGUCGCCAAAAACUUUAAAAGGCUUGGCAGAAAAUAAUUAUUUUAAUAUGACAGACAUUCAGAGGCAAAGUAUCGGCCUGGCAUUCCGUGGAAAUGAUAUUUUAGGAGCGGCCAAAACGGGCAGCGGAAAAACCUUAGCAUUCCUUAUUCCGGUAUUGGAAAUUUUAUACUGUAAACGAUGGACAAGAUUAGAUGGACUUGGUGCGCUCAUCAUCACACCGACCAGAGAACUCGCUUAUCAAAUAUAUGAAACGUUACGUAAAAUUGGUCAGUAUCAUGAUAUUUCUGCUGGUCUUAUUAUUGGUGGGAAAGAUUUAAAGUUUGAAAAGAAACGUAUGGAUCAAUGUAACAUUGUUAUAUGUACUCCGGGCCGUUUAUUACAACAUAUGGAUGAAAAUCCAUUGUUUGAUUGUGUGAAUAUGCAGGUAUUGGUAUUGGAUGAAGCAGAUCGAUGUUUAGAUAUGGGUUUUGAACAUACUAUGAACUCUAUUAUAGAUAAUUUACCACCAAAAAGACAGAGUCUUCUAUUUUCUGCAACUCAAACAAAGUCGGUUAGAGAUUUAGCCAGAUUAAGUUUAAAAGACCCCAUGUACGUGUCUGUUCACGAACAUUCUACGCAUACUACACCCGAAGGUCUUCAACAAAGUUACGUUAUUUGUGCUUUGGAAGACAAAAUGUCAAUGAUAUGGUCUUUUAUUCGAAAUCACUUGAAACAAAAGAUCAUUGUAUUUUUCUCUAGUUGUAAACAGGUAAAAUAUGUAUAUGAAAUGUUUUGUCGAUUGAGACCUGGCAUAAGCUUACUAGCUCUUUAUGGUACAUUGCAUCAACUCAGAAGAAUGGAAAUUUAUGAAACUUUCUGUAAAAAACAAUUUGCAGUUUUAUUUGCUACUGAUAUUGCUGCUCGUGGACUAGAUUUUCCUGCUGUGAAUUGGGUUGUACAGAUGGAUUGUCCUGAAGAUGUAAAUGCGUAUAUACAUCGAGCCGGUAGGACUGCUAGAUUUCAAAGAGGUGGUGAAUCUCUAUUAGUUUUAUUACCUUCAGAGGAAAAAAUGAUCGAGAAGCUAAAAGAACGCAAAAUUCCAAUAUCUAUGAUAAAAAUUAAUCCGAACAAAUUACAAUCUCAACAACGUAAAAUGGAAGCUUUAUUAGCACGGGAUGUAUCCCUAAAAGAAAGUGCUCAAAGAGCAAUUGUAACAUAUGUGAAAUCAGUUUUUCUAAUGAAGGAUAAGGAAGUUUUUAACGUUCAUGCAUUAAAUACUGAUUCGUAUGCGAGAUCUUUAGGUUUAGCCAUACCACCAAGAAUUCGAUUUCUUCAACGAAUAGAACAAAAACAACGAUCAUCUACCAAAAAUGUUGGAAACGAAGAACAAAUCAUUACGCAUAAUGAAUUGGAGAAUGAUAUAAAUCAAGAAAAAACUUCCGAUAUGUCUGAUGACAAUGAUUCCAUGGAAAAUGUAAAAACGAAUACAUAUCAAAGAACAGAAACAAACAAUUUUGCAUUUGCAAACGAUAGUGACGACGACGAAAUAUUAACUGUGAAAAGAAAAAACAUAGAUAUUGAUGAAGUAUUACCAAUCGUUACCGCUGACGAUAAGAAUUUAGGUACAAGUAAAAAGAAAGCUAUUACGAAAGCUGCAGUAGCUAAGAAAGUGCUUAAGAAGAAAAUAGUACCAAAUAAGAAAAUUGCCUUUGAUGAUGAAGGAAAGGAACUACUAGAUCCUACUAAAGUUAAAAUCUCUGAAUUUGCUAGACAAUAUGAAAAUGAAAUAGAUUCUGGUAUCAAUAUAGAAAUAGCCAAACAGAUAUUACGCGAAGAAGACAAGUUUGACAAGCAACGUUUCAGACAGAAAAUAAAAGAAAGACAUAAAGAAGAAAAACGAAAACUAAAAGCUACCAAGAGAAAAUUAGACGAAGAUAAAACUAAGGGUCAAGAAGAUAUGGAAGAUAGUGCUGACAAUAAUGCCAGUGACAGUGAAUAUAGUGAACCAGAUUUAUCGUGGUUACCAGAUCCAGACAAAAUCUAUGGUAAGCAACAGGAAAGCGACAAAGAAAUUUCGGACAUUACCGAAUCGGAGGAAGAUGAAGAGGAAAGCAAAAUACAUAGACCUCCUACGAAAAAACUCUUAACACAAAAAGAAUACAACAAAAUAAAGAAAAAACAAAAAACGUUGGUCAAAGUUGACAACAAACAUUUACAAGCGGACGAGGAAUUAGCAUUACAACUAUUACAAAAUUGAAUCAAGAUAUAUUUUGCUUGUUUGUUGAAUAAAUCAUUAAUCUCUUUUUAUGUGUCAUGGUACAAUAUUAUUAAUUAUUAUCCACAUAGUUGUUCAUGUAAACAAAUAAAUUGGUAUUCUAUUUAAUAUAAUUAAAGAAUUUAUCAACAAAAUACAGAUUAGACACGUUGAAA